UGGCUCAAAGCGUCCGGCGGACAACCGCCGUGGUUUGCCAAGUCCUUCUGUGUCGCGCCAUGUGGCGCUUACUCAGCCCGGUGCUGCUUUCGAGCGCUCUGGCGGGGCGCUUGAGCGCGGGACAUGAGGAGACGGGGAAAGUGCCCUGCGCCUGCGACAACAAGGUGGGCGUUCUGGCGCCGAAGAAGGAGCUGCCGUACAUCCGCAUCCCAGCGGACGCGAGGUGCGAGCGGCCCCACGUCCACGCCUCCAAGACGGGGGGGAAGUUCUGCAGCUGCGACAAGGGCGUGGCGACCAACUGGAAGGUGGCGCUGGGAGAUGCGCAGGUGCAGCUGGAGGCUGUGGUCAAGCCCAAGGUGGAGGCGAUCCAGGCCAAGAUCCAGGCCUUGGAGGAGCAGUACGGCAUCACCAUCGACUACUCAUCCAUCAGCAAGAUCAAGCCUAUGGUGAAGAGCUUCCCCCGGAGGAACGGCGAGGGCGUUUGGGUCUGCUGCUGCCAGAGUCAGAAGGCCGGCAAGUGCAAGGAGAACGCCCAGAUGGAGGGGUCCCUGUUCAAGAGCGGCUUCCACCACGAGGCGCCGACGAGGGCGUGCGAGGAAGAGUCGGAUGAGGCGGAGAGCAGUCCGCCCAGUCCGCCCAGUCCGCGCAGAGGCCCGCCGCCCCCGCCGCCGCCCAUGAGCACCACCGGCGCUCCCAGCACAGGCACCACCGUUUCUCCCAGCGGAGGGGGCCGCGCGGAUCUCAUGGCGCAGAUCCGCGGCGCGGCGCUGACCUCCACCGAGGCCCCCAGCGUGCCGACUCCGACUCCCGCCGCCAGCGCGCCAGCGAGCGGCGAGAACCCGCUGAUGGCUGCGAUCCGCGCGGGGAAGGGCCUGAAGCACGUGACUGACGCGCCCGAGCCGCCCAUCGGUCCGCCGCCGUCGGGGGGCCACGGCAGCGUCAUGGACGAGCUGAAGGCGGGCGUCAAGCUGAAGCCCGCCUCCGAGCGGACACUGGAGCCUCGGGAGCAGCACCUCACGCCCAGGGAGGAGCUGAUGAGCGCCCUGAAGGCCGGGGUGCAGCUGAAGAAGGCCAAGGACCGGAAGCCGGAGGUGGAGACCACCAGGCCGCCCCAGAAUAUGCUGUCGCUGAUCCGCGCGAGCCCCAAGUUCCAGGCGCUGUCCGCCCUCCGCGAGUCCACGGGGGCGGAGGACGAGGAUGACUGGGAUGAGGAGUGGGAUGAGUCUCACUGAUGCCAUCACCGCACCGCUGGACCGCGCUGGCGGACGCAAAUGCGAUGCCAACAAAAAACCGCGAGAGGGCGGGUCGGAGGCCACGGCUGGUUCGGUCUGCUCACCCCAAAGACCCGGC